AUGAUCCCCGAGGAGAGGACGGACGACCCUGGCUCCGGCGAGGAGAGUGCGCGGCUGCAACCGGCCGGCAGCGUUCGCAAGGGCCGUGACCCCCUGGCACAGACACCGCGCGGCCGCCUGCAGAGCCGCAGGGCCCAGGUCCACCAGCAGAUCAAUAAGGAGCUGCGGAUGCGGACAGGCGCGGAGAACCUGUACAGAGCCACCAGCAACGCCUGGGUCAGGGAGACAGUGGCCCUGGAGCUGAGCUACGUCAACUCCAGCCUGCAGCUGCUGAAGGAGGAGCUGGAGGAGCUCAACGGCAGUGCGGAGGUGGACCGGCCGGAGGGCGAAGGUGUCAGUGUCCCUAUGAUCCCCCUGGGGCUGAAGGAGACCAAGGAGCUGGACUGGUCCACACCCUUGAGGGAGCUGAUCUCUGGGCACUUUGGAGAGGACAGUGCCUCCUAUGAGGCCGAAAUCAGGGAGCUGGAGGACCUGCGGCAGGCCAUUCGGACCCCCAGCCGAGGCGAGGCAGGCCUAGAGCUGCUCAUGGCCUACUACAACCAGCUCUGCUUCCUGGACGCACGCUUCAUCGCCCCCACCAGGAACCUGGGGCUGCUGUUCAGUAGAUAUGACUCACUCCGCGAGGUUCCGGCCCAACGCCUGGCAGCACUGAAGGGCAGCGUGCUUUUCAACAUCGGGGCCCUCUACACCUUCGGGAGGGCACCAUAGGGACAUCCUGCCCAGUGCAUGCAGGGGCCAGGUAACCUGUUCUCCUGUGACCAGCCCUCCACAGGGGCCUUCAGCCUCCUGAGGGAGAACUUUUCCCGAGCACCCAGCCCCGACAUGAGCCCGGCCUCGCUCUCCAUGCUGGAACGACUCAUGACCGCCCAGGCCCAAGAAUGCAUCUUUGAGGGCCUCUUGCUGCCGUCCACCGAAGCCCCCCAGGGUUGCCUGGCCCAGCUGCGCCUGGCUCAGGAGGCUGCCCAGGUGGCAGCUGAGUACAGGCUGGUGCACCAGACCAUGGCCCAGCCACCUGUCCGCGACUACGUGCCCUUCCCCUGGACCACCCUGGUGCGUGUCAAGGCUGAGUACUUCCGCGCCCUGGCCCACUACCACGCGGCUGCGGUGCUCUGCGACAGCCCCCCAGCGGCCGAGGUGGACUGCCCAGCACUCUCACAGGCCUUCCUUGGGCUCCCAGCCACACCUGGGCCCCCGGGCGCCGCACCCCAGGAGCAGGAGGGGCGCAGGAUGCUGGCUCUGUCCCGUGCAGGCAAGGCCCACCUGAAGCGUGCCAUCCUGGGCCAAGAGGAGGCCCUGCGGCUGCACGCCGUGUGCCGUGCCCUGCGGAGCGUGGACCUACUGCAGGCCGUGCUGGCCCAGGCCCUGCGGCGCUCACUGGCCAGGUACUCGGAGCUCGACCGAGAGGAUGACUUCUUGGAGGCCACGGAAGCUCCCGACAUCCCACCUAAAACACAGCAGAAGCCAGAGAUCAGGGCACCCAGCUUCUCCAGGGUGAAGGUGACCGAUAUCUUCCACCGGCUGGGGCCCCUGUCCGUGUUUUCAGCCAAGAACUGCUGGCGGCUGGUGGGGCCCGUCCACGUGACCCGGGGAGAGGCUGGCUUUGGCCUCACGUUGCGGGGAGAUGCGCCCGUCCUCAUCGCUGCUGUCAUCCCCGGGGGCCCGGCCGCGGCAGCUGGACUGCGGGAGGGUGACUACAUCGUGUCCUUGAAUGGGCGGCCGUGCAAGUGGUGGAAGCACGCGGAGGUGGUGGCGCAGCUGAAGGGCGUGGGCGACGAGGGAGCAAGCCUGCAGGUGGUCACGCUGCUGCCCAGGGCAGAGCCACCCAGCACGGGGGAGCACCGGCCGGCCCUGGGGGCGCUUCUGAGGGGCCAGAAGGAGUGUGGGCGGGGGCCGCCAGCUCCUGGGCGAGCCAGCCCCAGGCCCCUCCUUGGCUGGAGCCGCAAGGCCAAGAGGGGCAAGACCAGAGGGAGGCUGUCCCCACACCCCUGA